GCGCCCGGCCCGCCGCAGGUCGCGGGUGGUCGCCUGCGAGGGCAGCGGGCAGCCCCGGAAACAGUUCGCGCCCUUGGCCGCCGGGAGCCGGAGAGGUGUCCUCCGCGGUGCAGAGACCUGGAAUGGCCAAAUAUCAAGGUGAAGUUCACAGUUUGAAACUGAGUGAUGAUUCAGUCAUAGAAGGAGUAAGUGACCAAGUACUUGUGGCAGUUGUGGUCAGUUUCACUUUGAUUACUACCCUGAUAUAUGCACUUUUCAGAAAUGCACAUCAAAAUAUUCAUCCAGAAAACCAAGAGCUAGUAAGGGUGCUUCGGGAACAACUUCAAACAGAACAGGAUGCACCUGCUGCUGCCCGACAGCAGUUCUACAGUGACAUGUACUGUCCGAUCUGUUUACAUCAAGCUUCCCUUCCUGUUGAAACAAACUGAGGACAUCUCUUUUGUGGUACCUGCAUUGUUGCAUACUGGCGAUACAGUUCGUGGCUUGGGGCGAUCAGUUGUCCAAUCUGUAGACAAACGGUAACUUUACUGCUAAUGGUAUUUGGUGAAAAUGACCAGUCUCAGGAUGCUGUAUCCUUACAUCAAGAUAUUAAUGAUUAUAACCGGAGAUUCUCAGGGCAGCCCAGAUCUAUUAUGGAGAGAAUUAUGGACCUCCCCACCUUACUGAGGCAUGCGUUCAGAGAGAUGUUUUCAGUCUGGGGCCUUUUCUGGAUGUUCCGAAUCAGGAUAAUACUUUGUUUAAUGGGAGCUUUUUUCUAUCUUAUAUCACCUCUAGAUUUCGUACCUGAAGCCUUGUUUGGAAUCCUAGGCUUUCUCGAUGAUUUCUUUGUCAUCUUUUUGUUGCUCAUCUACAUCUCUAUUAUGUAUUGAGAAGUAAUAACACAGAGACUAAACAGACGAAAAAAAUGAGUUUACUAAAAUAUCUGCGCUAACGUGUAAAGUCAAACAAAAGGGCCAUGGCAGUAUAAGCAUUUGAAUAUUAUCUUACAAGCUUAAAACCACUGUAUGGCAGAUGUGAUUAUCAUUUGGCAAAUGCCUAGCAAUAUAUGACUGAGAUUUUUACAUGUCGCAGGUCCCAAUAUUGUUAGAAUUAUAAUGAUUUACAGCUGUGUCUUGAUUCUGUGUUGUAUAUAAAGUUGUGGAAAAAUAUGGAAUUACAUAAAAUGGGAUGCUUCUCUAUUUUCUCCCCCCUCCCAAAUUAUUCAGAUUAAUUGGAUGUAUAGUAAGAUAUUGUCAAAUAUACAGUUUAGCCAAUUCAUCCUUCUCAGUGAGUACCUAC